AUGAGCAUCCCGCUGCAGUCGUUGCCGCCUCAGGAGCGGACAAACUACAUCAUUGACCAGCUCGAGGGCGAGCGCAUCACGCUGCCGGGAAGCAAGGGCGCCUUCCGCAUCCUCGCCUCGUCGAAACAGACCAAUGGCGGCAUCGCCGUCUUCACCAGCGGCGCCGUCCUGUCGGAUGCGCCCGGCUUCCACUGGCACAAGGAGGCCCACGACGUCUUCCUCGUCACAAAGGGAUAUCUCAAGCUCUGGAACGGAGACAAGUGCAGGAUAAUGGGCCCUGGCGAUUUUGCCUAUGUGCCACCGACGGUAAUCCACAACCCAGAGCUGCUGGGCCCGCACACAGAGACCUUGGGCUUGGUGGCACCAGGCGACUGGAUCGACUUCUUCCGCUACGUCGGCGAGGAGUACAAGGGCCUCAUCAUUCCCGAGACGGACGACCGGGACCUCAAGAGCCUGCUGAUCCCCAAGCUGAUGCAGGCCAAGGACCGGUUCGACGUGCAGUUUGAGCGCAGCUACCAGCCGCCCGAGGUGGCCGAGUGGCAGGCCUCGGAGAACGUCCUGGGCGGGCCCCUCGAGCCCUACUUUUUGCGCGCCAACACGGGUCCCCGCUGGCUCCUCGGCGGCGUCAUGUCGCGGCCCCUCAUCAACGCCAGCCAGUGCAGCGGCAAGUUUGCCAUCACCUCGCUCGAGUCCUCCAAGGUGUACGGCCCCUCGGCCUUUGCGCAGCACUGGGUCGCGUUCCCCACUGUUGACCACUGCUUCUGCGUGCAGGAGGGUCUGCUGCGCAUCCAGAUCAAGGGCGAGGGCAGCGGUGCCUGGAGCGAGGUCCGCGAGGGUCAGACGGUUGUCAUUGCCGCCGGCCAGUCUUUCAAGAUUGAUUUCGGCAGCAGGUUUGUGAGGGCGUACUCGUUUACCAACGGCCCCGGUAUCGAGCACCUCAUCCACACUGCUGGAGCUUCGGCCUCGGGCGUUGUGCUGCCCGAUGAGGCCUCUCCCUAUGACCAGUCCAAAUUUGAGACUGUGGCCAAGGAAAUGGGCGUUUCAUUGUCAUAG